CCCGUGCAUCCCAAGCUCCCCCACGAGAAGCUAGCUAGCUUCAUUACACCCAAUCCAUCAAGCUUGCACACGACAUACACUGCUAGCUUCUUCUUCGAUCGACCAAUCACCAAUGCCGGCGCCGAGCAACUUCCUCAAGUCCAUGGCCGCCGCCGCCGCCGCGAAGCACGGAGGAGGAGAGCACCACCAGGCCGCCACGGCGGCGAGGAAGCAGCAGCACGCCGUCGGCUUCCCGAGGCUGUCCACGUCCAGCAAGGCGCUCGUCCUGCUCCCGCUCCUGCUCCUCGCCUUCAUCUACCUCUUCGUGUACCCCAAGGAGUUUGAGCUGCAGUCGCUGAUGAGCUCCUGCGUCCCGCCGCCGGGCACCUACACCGCCGCCAACGGCUCCACCCUGUCGUCCGCGUCGGCCAUCGCGUACGCCCGGAAGCCCGACUUCCGGCUCCUCAUCGGCAUCCUGACCCGCGCCGACGUGUACGAGCGGCGCCACCUGCUGCGCAUGGUGUACGGGCUGCAGCUCGCCGCCGACCCGGCCCUGGCGGCGCAGGUGGACGUGCGGUUCGUCUUCUGCCGGCUCUACAAGGACGACCAGCGCGUCCUGAUCCCGCUGGAGAUCCUGGCGCACGGCGACGUGAUCGUGCUGGACGGCUGCGAGGAGAACCUCAACGGCGGAAAGACGCACACCUUCUUCUCCGCCGUGGCGGAGCUCUACGCCGACGCGCCCUACGACUACGUGAUGAAGGCCGACGACGACAUCCUGAUCCGGCUGCCGGCGCUGGUGGCGUCGCUGGGGGCGAUGCCGCGGGAGGACAUGUACUACGGCGCCACCAUCCCCUGCAACAGCAUGGACCCCGGGAGGGGGUACAUGUCGGGGAUGGGGUACGCGCUGUCGUGGGACCUGGUGCAGUGGGUGGCCGGCGCCGGCGAGGUCACCCGGGGGCGCACCGUGGGGCCGGAGGACAGGAUGACCGGGGAGUGGCUGAGGGUGGGCGGGAAGGGGAAGAACAGGUUCAACGCCAAGCCGGCCAUGUACGACUACCCGCUGCCGGUGCCCGUGGACGAGUGCUCCCACGAGUUCGUGCCGGACACCAUCGCCGUGCACCGCCUCAAGGACAACCCGCGCUGGGCGCACGCACUCGGAUACUUCAACUUCACCGCCGGCCUCAAGCCCUCCAAGUUCUACAAGUUCGACCCCUAGUUGUUUCUUUGUGAACAAGUUUUUUACAUUUAAAAAGAGUUGAUCAUUUCUACUUGUACCUAUAUAUCAUCAUUGAUUUUGGAGAAGCUUUUAUGAACAAUUAAGGCCCUGUUUGGUUCAUAAGUUUUAGG